UUCUGCACCUCAAAGUACAUAUGUUUUAUCUUGGGUAUUGAUCGAUUCCCCAAGAAAUUGAUUAUACCAGCAUACUGUAGUCUGCAGUAAGAUGGCGACUCGACGAAGAACGUCAACAUCUGAGAGUAACAAAAACACAAAGCUAACAUUAUUGCCUGAUCCUGUUAGCAGUUUCCGCCGAAUCCUAAUGCUCAUAAUGUCGUUUGCCGUCGUUGCAUUACCUUGUCUUGCUCUUUACAACGCAGUAUAUCCGUUACGAUUGUUUCAUAGUUCGCCUCAGAACAGUCUCGCGGCCACCAAUCCCUCUUUGAACAGGGAAGAGGUUAAACUAGAGAGAGUAUUAAAGUCGGCAUCCAUGAAAGAUAAAACCGUAAUCAUAACAACACUGAAUGAAGCGUGGGCAGCUCCAAAUUCAAUAUUUGACCUAUUUCUUGUAAGUUUUAAAAUAGGAGAAAACACUAAAGGUCUUUUGAAGCAUUUGGUGGUCAUCGCGUUAGACCAAAAAGCGUAUAAGCGUUGUUUGGAAGUACAUCCUCAUUGUUAUGCUCUUACAGUUGAAGGAGUUGAUUUCUCAGUCGAGGCAUAUUUUAUGAGUAGAGCAUACUUGAAGAUGAUGUGGAGUAGGAUCGAUAUUCUUCGAGUUGUUCUUGAGUUGGGGUACAACUUCCUUUUUACGAAAUCGGAUUGAAGAUUAGGUUCUUGAAUACACUGUACUUUGGUGGAUUUUGUGAAACAAGUAAAGAUUUCAAUCAAGUUUCUACGAUGCACGCCAACUGUUUUGGUUUGGAUACCAAAAUUCAUGACAUAAAUAUUAUGCUGGAUGAUUGGAGGAAUUAUGCAUCUUCGUCGCCAAGUCUCAAGAGUUCAUGGAAUUCCACAUGGAGAGUGCCACAAAAUUGCAGCAUCAAAAACUUCGAUCGGGAUUAUAAGCCUAAGAGGUUGGUGCAAGAGGGAAAGAAAGAUUAAUUGAUCAUCACGGAACUUCUUCAUUAGAAGAUUAAGAUCAUUUCUAUAAUAUCGUAGAUCAACUUUCAACAGUUAAUAAGACUCCUUUAUUUUGUAAUGUGCUCUCGUUCAAAUAAGGCAUGUUAGUUGUUCGAAAUUCUUUUCUCAUACACAAAACAUGGAAUUACUGAUAGUGUAAACUGUAAAGGGUGUGAU